AUUGAUUUCGGAUUGGCGGCGUGUAAAAUGAGUUUGAGAGAACCGUUGAUAGACAGAAAAGAAGAUGUUUAUUCUAUUCUUCGAACUUAUUUCCACCAGUUUUCUUCAGUUGACGGAAAAUUGAACAAUUUACGUCCUGCAGCGUGCUUUUCUCCUCAGGUCUUUGGAGCUGGCAAGAGUUUUGUUGGAGAAAAUUUUUUAGAGUUUUUAAAAAAAUUCGCCGACGAAGAAGAAGAGCAGACGAAGACGGAGGUUUUCAACAAGAGCUCAUCGGGAAAAGUUGAUUUGAAGAUUUUUUCUUGGAAACACUUUGCGGAAAACACUUUGUCAGUUUGCUUUAAACUAGAAGAGGGUUUUUCUCGUGCUCCUUUUCCAAGGUUUCUAGAGGCUUUGAUGUAUAAUAUAAUUUUGAACGCUUAUCGACAAAAUGGUAAAGAUACGGACGCUCUUCAGAUGGCUCAGAGGAUGGUAAAGAAAUUCGAUACUGUAGGAGCUAUUGAUUAUCUUCUCGAACAAUUUGAGAAACAAUAUUUAUUUUUGAUGAUAGACGAACUUAGCCAUCUGAGUUACCUCACCAAAUACUAUAGUGAACUCACCAAGAAACAGUUCAUCGAGUCUGACCCAAAAUAUGUACCUUUUCGGAACUUCUUCCGCAUUCUACGUAAUUUGUUGAUUACAGGGAAGUUAUUGCCCUCCGAUGAUUUACAACAUCGAUUCGUAGAAUUGUUGAAAAAGAAGACAGGAGGUAUUCCGUUGAUUGUAAGGAAUACUUUAUUAGCCCUAGUAGAGAAAGUUGCAAACUUAUCUCAACCUGUUAUCAACGAUGAAAAUAUGGAACCCUUAUUAGAUAGAAUCUUUCAAGAGAUACUAAAAGAGUCAGGAACCUUUAUUAUUCCAGAGAUACUAGAUUCCGCAACCCUUCUUCGAUAUCAAUUCGUCCUUUUGAAUUAUCAACUCGGAACAAUUUUCCCAAUCAAAUUUGCAAUUACUCUAUGUGGAACGAAAACUUAUUUGAUGGACUUGGUUGCAACUUUUGGGUUUUAUUCUGAAAGUUGUGGAACUGACGGGAUUGAUACGGGCACUAAGUUCAAGAUUGGUUGUUGUGAAUUUAUAUUGAGAGCUCAUAGCAACUAUAACUUUUUCCGUGAAGCUACUGAACUCUUUCCUUUAUCUCCGUUUAGUUAUAUUCCCGACACUUCAACAGCAAAAGGAGUCUUCUUUGAAUUUGUAUUUAUGAAGAUCUUUCGCUUUCGCUUAUUAACUUUUCUUCAUUCUAAUUCCUCGCCUAUUGUACAUUCUGCUAUUCCAGGAAUUUUCCAGGGUUCUUUUAUUGAACAGGACAAUGUUUCUUAUUCUAUGGAAUCAACAAAAUCUUGUGAUAUACCCAUCUUGAGAAAUGUCUCUGAUUCAUUUUCUGACGAUUAUAGAAAACAUUUACAACAUGGUGGUAUUUUUGUUCCAAAAGAUGGCAAUUCGAGUGGCCCUGAUGCAUAUGUUGUAUUCCAUAAUGGACAAACACGUUAUGUUGUUGGAUUUUCAUUUAAAUUUUAUCACAAAACUGAAUUUUCGAAAGCAAAUAUUAAGAAAGAAGCCAAAAAAUUUUUCAAAGAAGUUAUUUCCGUUUUGAAUAACGAAUCUCCUUCAUCUGUUCAACUUUGUUUUCAGUUUGUGGUGGUACUUUGUACUAAAUAUGAUCGAUCUGUAGGUUUCUCUGUCGAAGAACAAAAUAUUGUUGAAGAUGCAAGUGAUUUGGUAACUCAACAUUCUACUACUGGGUCAACUUUGAAUGAAAGUAGUCGAUCAUGUAUGCAAUUGAUAAUUGUUUCCCAAAGGAACCUUGAAAGAUAUUUGGGAAUAGAUAAUGUCGAUAUUUUGAGGAAAAUUGAGAAAGCAAACCGAGAAGAGUUCAGUAAAGACUUUUCAGUAUGGUGCAAAACUCUCUUUGAGUCGAUGUCCAAUAAAUAUGUUUCAUAUUUGGAAGCUGAGCAAUCAAAUGUUACUUCAAGAGUGGCUCAAAAUAUAAGACCGAGAAUAAAUGAGGAGAAUCGUAUGCAAAUGGAAGGUUUUCAAAGUUCUAUACAACUGGAAAAAGAUAAAACAAGAAGAGAACAAGUAUCGAGUGAUAUAAAUACACAUUUUGACUGGAAAGAGUUUCUUUGCAAGUCUGCGUUAUUACCGGAAGAAGUUGCCACUCGUUAUGCUUUCACAUUUCCUAGUAUAUUUGGAGAUAAUCCUCAAGUGAUUCGAAGAAAGUCACUAGAGUUGAUGGGUAUACCAGAGCAAUACAUUCAAAAAAUUCUAAGAGCUGCAGUAUUACUGAAAGAAAACACAGAAAUGAAAGAAUAAUCAGCUGCUUUCAAAUUUGUGUUAUUGAGAGACAUUCUUUUUAGAAAAUAGAGUGGAACGUAGGAGAGAGAAAGAGAGAGAGUUCUUUGUGCUUUUAUUCUAAUUGAAGCUUACAACAACAAAGCGUAUCUCUGUUUGUAAGCUUUUACAUUUUCCAUGAAAACGGACGAAUAAAACUAUGUUUUUUGUG